CCUCCCUCCUCCCCUGGCCCCCCUCCCAAUCCCUGUCCCGUGUUUUUCGGGUUCUGCAGUGAAGUUGAGCCUCUUCGCGCGGGUCUGUUCCUGCGGCCCUUGCUUUGGGUGCCCGCUUUGCGCGCCGGGGCGGAAAAUGUUCGAGAGCCUGCGCGGUCGGCUCCUGAGCGUUCAGCAGGAUUUGACCUCGGGGUUGAAAACUUUGGGCGAGAAAUCGAGAGAAGCCAAAAUAAGCAAACAGAGGACUGUUAAGUGUUUGCCAGAGUUCUCUGCUGGAUUAGAUCUGCUAAGCAGGUAUGAAGAUAUUUGGGCAACCCUUCACAGAGGAACAAAAGAGUGUGCAAAAAUGGGAGAGUUGGUGGAUAGUGAAGUUGUGAUGCUUUCUGCACACUGGGAGAAGAAAAGAAGCAGUCUCCUAGACCUUCAGGAACAGCUGCAGCAAAUCCCUGUUUUUCUAGCAGAUUUGGAAUCCACAACAGCUAGCCUGGUCCAGUUGGAAGCAAAUUUUAAGGAAGUGGAGAACCAUUUACUGAAUCUUGAGGAUCUCUGUGGACAGUGUGAAUUGGAAAGAUACAAGCAUAUACAGAUACUUCAGCUGGAAAAUUACAAGAAGACUAAACGAAAAGAACUUGAGAUCUUCAAAGCUGAACUAGAUGCAGAGCAUGCACAGAAAGUUCUGGAUAUGGAGCACACUCAGCAGAUGAAGCUCAAAGAACGGCAGAAGUUCUUUGAAGAAGCUUUCCAACAGGACAUGGAGCAGUACCUCUCUACUGGAUAUCUCCAAAUAGCUGAAAGACGAGAGCCAAUAGGAAGCAUGUCUUCUAUGGAAGUGAAUGUGGACAUGUUGGAGCAAAUGGAUCUUGUGGAUAUGUCUGACCAAGAAGCCUUAGAUGUAUUUCUUAAUUCCGGAGGAGAGGACAGUACUAUGCCAUCUCCUAUGAUAGGGCCAGAGUCUACCACCUGUCAAAAUGAAAUCAGUCUUCAAGUCCCUACUCCGUCCGAGUUGAGAGAGAAGUGGUCUUCAACAACAGGCUGGACUGAUUCUACUAGCCAGGAUGCCAGUGAAGGAGAGUCACCUGUGAUCCAGUCAGAUGAGGAAGAUGUACAAGUGGACACUGCCCUUGAGGCUGAUGGUGCAGAAGUGAAGGGCCCGUCUGACCUCAGUGAUGAGAGUGACUCACAAACAGGCUGAGUCUAAUCAAAGUGCUUCAUAGGAAUUAUGACCCUGGAAUGAGUGAAGAAACAGUCGAAUCAGCUUGCCUGUGUUACUAUAAUGAUUUAUCAUGAAAAAAAUUAGCACAUACAAAAUGAGUUUCAGUCAUGUGAAAUAUUUUUAUAAAAUUUUUCAAAGCACACCAUUUAGCAAUAAUGCCUUGGCUUUUGAACACAAAACCUUCUAUAUAGAGGGUUGCCCAAGGAAUAAGUUUUGAAAGGGUUUUAUUUUAAUGUCCUUAGUAGGAAUGUUAAAAAAUAUAGGUGUGUGUGUGUUUUGUUAUUAGUGUGCCUGUCUCAAUUGCUGUGGUUAAAAACCGAGAAAACCCCUACUGCUUAUAUUCAAAUGGUUAACCACAGAAUAAUCACCUCUAAUGUUCUGCUCUCCAACCUGCAAAAGGGAAAAAGCCAGGUGAGAGGUUGCAUUGAACAUUUAAAGGGAGUGGUGGAGCUCAUUUUCUUACUGAAGUAGUGGGUGUCACACACAUCAUUAGUUGCAAAAAGUUUCCAUGCUGGGAAAAUAAUUGUAAAGUGUAUAUAGCUCGAAUGCAAAACAUUUUAACUAGUUCUAUAAUGACAGAAGUUCUUGCACUUCUGCUUUACCUUUUACAAUUCCCUCCGUGGUACUGCUUUGUCUUAUUUCUUCAAGGCAAACUCAAAUGAAAGGUUUUAAAGGGACCCAGGGUGGUGGUCUUCAAGCUGCCUUUCACAUUCAGUCUGAAAGUCACAUUAUUUUAUAGUGUCUUACCGCACAUUGAUACAGAAAGGGUUGAAAAUUAUUGUGCUAUGUUUGAGACUCUUCUGGCCAUAGGUACAAUUACUAGAAUAGCAGAACCCUCCCAAGCCUGCUGCCCCCUUAUAAUGUCUAUUUCUGAACUUCCCAUUCCUUGUAUGAGAAUUGGGAGUGGUUAUAAAUCAAUAACUAUUCUUAAGGAAUAGUCAACUUUAAUUUCCAUUCCUUAGCAACACUGCCCGUUGAACAGCUGCUCACCAAGCAUGAUAUAACUAGAAGCUCAUUAACCUGGAUCAAAGCUGACUGAGGAAGAGGAAAAUUGUGACCAAUCCCCACCCAGUAUUAAGCAGUAUGUUCACCUACUAUUAGUCUCCCAAGCCCAUCCUUAUAGGUAACGAGUUGAUAUAAUUACUUUUGACAUUAUACAAUGACAAUGUAUUACACGAUGACAUUAUGCAAUGGCCUUGAGGCUGUCUCUGAUUAAGAAUGUAAAAUCUAAUAGAAGGGGAUGGAAUACUAAGAAUAGUAAGUAGUUUGACAGAGACUGUUAUAUGGAUUUAUUUCUCACCUGGUAGAAUACUGUACUACAGUAAAAUGAAAACUAGGUGUAACUAUAAGUUACUAGUUUUCCCUAGCCUAUUAGAUGGUCAUAUCUAUUUUUUUUAAAAUAGCUAAUUUUAACUCUACUACUCUCUCAGAAGAAAGACAAAGUGUCCAAAAGUGUUUUUUUUAUUAAACCUUGUAUUACAAACCUGAAAAGUAAACAAAAACUGGCAAUAAACAUGAAGUCUUUCCUUACAAGGAAAGAGAGCAGAGCAGCGCUAAUAAAUUAAAUGUCAAACUGUAAGCCAUAGUCAGAAGUUUACUGUCAAGAAGGAAAAAGUACACAGCAAGGCCAUAAAAACCGGACAACCACAUUGGAAAACACUCGACUCUGUAUGUUAUUGUUAAAUAUUUUCAAAACAGUUUAGUCUUCUGCAACAACCAACAAUAUGUAUUUUAUAAGACUUUCCUGACAGUCACCACUGGCAAGCUCAGUGCAAUAUGGGUAGCUCUACGGUCUUGUUGAAUUCAAUUAUGAAACAAAGAGUUUGUGAAAACAUUUUCCCUUUUUUAUUCCACACAUACUGUACACACAACUGGAAAAGGGCAACAACUAC